AUGAGGCGCUUCGUCACAGCCGUUGUUUUGAGUAUUGGGUUUGGAACCAAGAUCGACAGGGACAGCGAUCGGUUUAUUCAGAUUGCAACGAAUGCAAGCUACGCUUUCGGCCAUGAGCGGGCACCGGGUAGUACCCCUGUGGACUUCUUUCCGAUACUGAAGAAUCUGCCGAUGCUGUUCCACGACAGAUCGCUUAGGUUUGUGCGCGAGUGGCGCUUUGCCAUUCGAAAUCUGCAUGGUGAGCCUUACGAGGCAGUCUUGGAGUCACAUGAGAGGACAUAGUCCCUAAUCCAAACCCUUCUUGACCAGAGACAGGGUCAACUGGAGGAAGGAGAGCUCCCGAGCUAUCGGUCGAUGACAUAAGGAGCGGCUGCGGCCGUGUAUGCGGCUGGCCAGGAUACGACCUGGAGCACGCUCAUUGUCUUCAUAUUUACCAUAGCACUACACCCUGAGAUCCAGGACAGGGCGCAGCACAUGCUAGACCAAGUGGUUGGGAGAGAAAGGCUUCCGACAUUUGACGACCGGGAGAGCCUUCCAUACUUGGAUUACAUCGUCCAGGAUACACUGAGGUGGUGUCCAGUGUCGCGAUCGGGGUCCCUCACCGGUCGCUGGAGGCUGAUGUGUACGAAGGCUACUUUAUCCCAGCUGGUUCACUCGUGUAUGCCAGCGCGAGAGCCAUGCCGCAUGACAGCAGAGUCUACAGCAAUGUGGACGAGUUUGACCCGGACAGAUUCCUCCCAACAGCCGAGGGUGGGAGGGGCGAGCCGUUGCCUGCUGGGCAGUUUGGCUUUGGGCGCAGAGUCUGCGUGGGGAAGCAUGUGGCCGAGGCCACUGUCUGGAUUGUCAUCGCAUGCAUGCUCAGCACGAUGCGGAUUGAACAAGCCAGGGACGGUGCCGGGAGAGAGCUUGAGCCUCAAGUCGAGUUGACGAAUGGGCUCACGAGCCAUCCGAAGAAACUCCCAUGUCGGAUCGUGCCGCGGGAUGGCCGAAGCAAGUCUGCCAUCGAUCUGAGGCUAUGCUCAGCGAGGACGUAG